AUGUUGAUGAUUUACUUUGCUAUUUUUACUUUAUUUCUUACAUCCAGACUUUCAGCUGCGAUUGCGUUAGCUACUGGUAAUUUAACUGUGGGUGCGCCAUCUACUGGUAAUUUAAUUGUGGGUGCGCCAGCUAUUGUUUAUUCAGCUGUUAUCUACAAUGCACAACGGUCAAUAAUUCACUGUACUGUAUUUCGGUCUCAACCAUCAGGACCUACAUUAACUUCUACCCCAAUUACUGUUGGGAGAAACGAAUAUGAUUUAGUAAAGGAAGUAACCUAUAAUAUGGGAACAUGGACAGCCGCUGCAAUAAUAGAGAAAAUUCAAUGUGGAAAUUUAGUAGUGAGCGCUCCAUUUGCUAAUGUUACAUCACCGGUUCGAAAUUGGGAAUUUCGUGUUGAAAGAAACCAAAUUGUAUCGGUCGGACCAAGUUCAUAUCAGACUCAGCAUCAUACUCAGCAUCAUACUGAGCGUCAUACUCAGCAUCAUACUCAGCACCAUACUCAGCAUCAUACUAAGCGUCAUACUCAGCAUCAUACUCAGCAUCAUACUCAGCAUCAUACUGAGCAUCAUCACUAG